AGACGGGAGGCUACAGUCAUGAGCAAAUGCGGAAUCAUCUUUAAUAGUUACUUCUGUCUACGGACUACACAAACAGCUUGCGGCUACAAUGACUGAUAAGUAAAUAGGACACUACAGGUGUAGCAAUUCUUUAAAACCGUCAAGAAGUGUUUAUUCUACACAGGAAGAUACCAAAGUGUCUUUACCUAAUAUUUUCUAUGCAUUAAGACCUCAUAGCUAACAUUGUUGAACUCACCCUAAUCAAUGCGUCUCAAUAAAUGCCUGCAACAUCAUUGUCGAUGCCUGCUAUUUCUUAAAGCUGUUUCUUAAACGAUCAUGGCUAAUUGUCUGUAUUUUGAGGACAUUAUACAUACGGUAAAUUGUAUACUGCCAACGCAGGCUGAUCUCCAUAUUGUAGUGGAGGACAAUUUAUUCAUCUGACCAAACGGUGAAAGGUUACACUGCAUGCAUAUAUGUUAUUUAUUCAGCAAUUAAAAACUUUAGAUAUUUAAAACUUUAAUAAAUUCUAUUAUCUUGAAACUUUGACAGACUGCAACAAAACCUUAAACUGUCUGUAACUGCUCCUAGGUAGCUAGCUAACGCUAACUAGCGAAAAUAAGUUACACGUCCAUUGUAUUGUGCAAGAUAUCUUGCGAGAUAACGUUACACAACUCCGACCAAGAAGAGGACAUCAUCGUUUAUUAAUGUACUGCUAGCUAGCAAGCAAUAAAAAUUUAACUUGGCCAAUAAGGACUCCAAAGUAUGAUUGAGUAUAACAUGUAGCAUACCACGUUAGGGCAGUAGGAUAGCUAUGCUAGCUAGUUAACUUGCAGACAAAUAAAUUCAGGUAACCUGGCACUCCAAAGCUUACUUCAGAGCUCACCAGCUCUAGAGCUCUAGCGCUUUAGCGCUAACUAGUUAGCUAAGAUAGCUAACAUAUCUUGCUUGCCAGAUAACUAGCUAACGCUAGCUAGAUACCACAUGUCUACAGAAUUAGCUAGGUUAACCAUCAUAAGAACAAUAUGGUCUGCGUGUUUAAGAGGUCGCUCAAGAAUAGCAUGACGUGGCAUCAACAACAAGGCUCAUUGGUACUUCGAUCUAAAGUGCCUUAUUUUUGACUGAAAAGCGUUUUUCCCGGGCUGCAGCCGCAGAGAGACAUCUCACAGGGUCUGCUUAGGGGGGAGAGCUUAGGUUGGGAGAGUGAAGGCCGGGAAGCUGCUUUACUUCAGGCUGAAGGAUUUCUGUAACCAGCUCUUGAUACUGGCACUCUGGGACUGACAGGCCUACAACCUGCUGAGGAUCACUCAUCCCUGUCAAGGGAUUGUCCGACAGCCUGCACUCUGAACUGAGAUGAAAGGCCCUCCUGCCGUCUGACACAAAGGAAAGAUCUUACAGGCCUGCCUCUGAGUCCAAGGAAUCGCAAACCCGAAUUGCUUGUCAGCAAGCGUGACCUAGGGAAGGGAGAAUGGAGUGGCUGACGACAAUCUUAGUGCUGCUGUUAGCCUCUCUCUCUGAGCCUCUCCCCCUCGAGCAUCUCCGGCACUUAGACUGGCAAAGGGGCGUUCGAGUGGGCGAGCGCUGCCCGGUAAGGUGCCAGCCCGAGCAAUGCCCUGACGCCCGGAUGCUCCAGAGCUGUGUGUCAGGGCGGGUGCGUGACCCCUGUGGCUGUUGCUGGGAGUGCGGGAAUGGUGAGGGCCAGCUGUGCGACCCUGAGCCGGAGUCAGGCCGCACUUUCUUCGGCCGCUGUGCCGAGGGACUCCGCUGCCGCGUCCCACGGAGAGAGGCUGCUGCGAAGGACAAGCCCAAGCCAGUGUGCGUGUGCAGCGAGCAGGAGACAGUGUGCGGCUUGGAUGGGAAGACGUACGAGAACGUGUGCCGGCUACAGGCGGCCCAGCGGAGGAUGGGAGAAUGGCAGAAAGCUGCAGUAGCACAUCAUGGACCCUGUAGAGCAAAGCCGAUCAUCACCUAUGCCCCACGUGAUAUCAUCACUCUGGAGGGAAGCAAUGUCCUUCUUUCCUGUGAGGUGUCCUCGUACCCGCUGGCGUCCAUCCAGUGGAGGAAAGAUGGAGACAGCUUCUUUCUCAGUGCUGAGGGCUCAAACAGAGCAGUACAUGCCCAUGGUGGCCCGCGGCGCUUUGAGCUCACUGCCUGGCUCCAGAUCCACAGGGUCGGCCCUGACGACGCAGGGGUGUACAAGUGCACCGCCAGGAACGCCUUCGGCGAGGUAUCUGCCUCCGCUAGAUUGCGGGUUAUGCACAGAGGGUCUGGGCACAACAGAGGACUUCCCAAAAGAACAAAUGAAGCCCACAGCACAUCUUUCAAUGAGGCUGAGAGUGAGGAUGAUGAAGAUUAUGAGGGGCAGCCAAGUGGAGAUAUGUAUUUGUAAUAUAUUGUGCUACUCAAAAAUCAAAUCCAUUUAACUAAGGGUUGUCAUUGCUGAAUUUUAUAUGAAAAUAGACUGCUUCAACAUCUUUAUAACAUUUGA